AUGAUCAACCAGAAACUUCGUCGUCUCAGGCCCUCGCUUACCAAUCCAUCCUCCAAUCGAAACCCGCUCGCAGCAUCCUAUGCCUCUGCCUCUUCUUCGUCCUCCUCAUCGACCUCCUUCGAGUUCCCCAGUUCCCGCUCUCCCAGCCCCUUCGAGAUCUUCCAUCUUCCCCGCUCUGCCUCGACCAGCCAAAUCAAGGAGCGCUAUUACGAGCUCGUCAAGGUUUACCACCCCGACGUAGCUACCUCAAAGAGUAACAAUCCUCCGUCGAGCGCUCUGCGGGAAGAUGAAAUCACGAGGAGGUUCAAGUUGAUCAGGGAUGCCUACGAACUGCUGAGCUCGCCCAGCAGGAGACAAAGGUACAUCCGCUUCCAAGAAGGAUGGAACGACAGUCGAGCUCAAACACCCAAUCGGAGCUGGCGGAACAAUAGCACAUCGACCACUUGGACCAAUCAGGCUGCCUAUGCCGACUCACACUUCAACCUCUCAUCGGUCUGGAGACAGUUCAUCAACAGACACCAGUCCGCUCGAGCCGGCUUCUACUCGAGUGUCCACGACGACGGUUCGAAUCACCAUUGGUUCAACAACCAACAGGGCCAAUCGCACACUUUCAAGCAGCAGUGGGAACGCGACGGCCUGUUCACCAAGAACGGCAUCUUUAUCAGCGCCGUCGGAUGCGUCAGUCUAUGCUUAUACCUCGUCCAACUCUGGAGGGUGCUUCCCCUGGUCGGAUCGGACGACCGGGCCGAACUUCCGUCGGAGAAGGAGAAGACCAAGUUCCGCAAAUUCAUCGAGCCCACCGGCGACGACCGAUUAGACCAGGAAGCCUGGUCCAAGCUACGCGCGAUCCAAUUCACGACCGUCGGCACCAACGGACGAGUCGACUUGGGCGCCUCCCCCGCCCCCCUCCGAGUCUCCUCCCUCAUCAUCCCCAGCCAUGACCCCUCUCCUCACCAGCUUCAACCUACCCAUCGCUUCUACUCGAGCUCCUUCCAGGAUCGCAUCCAGAAACAGAACCUCAAGGCCGUCUCUGACCUCAAAUCCGCCCGCGCUGCAGCCGUCAAACCCAGCGUCUUCUCCAGCAGGAUCUCACAGUCUUCUCAUUCAACUACUACCCCCUGA